AAAAUCACCAAUGCGGUCUACAAACCCCGCCGAGUCUCGUACUGGAAGAGAGGUUACAAGAGUAUUCGAAUUUUUGUACCAUUAACGCCGAAGCUUCCAAUUCUAGAACCAGACGAUUCGAACUUCUGAGAGCUCAGAUUCUAGAAGUUGUUCGAUUUCAAGUUGCAUCGGCGCCAUGUCAGAGGAGAGCGCAGACGAUCACCGCCCCUCCUCUCCUCUCGUGCUUCGUGUUCGACAAAUCCUCAACUCCUGCUCCAAAUUGAUUGAAGGGGGAGAUUCACAUCAAUCCGAAAACUCGGUCUUGGAGCUUGUCAACUUUCUAGAGACGAUAUCAGAUGCUGCUUUAUCAGACCCUGAUAAUGUGGAUGCACAGAACAAUGCAUUGGAAGUUCUUUUAGAAAUUCAUGGAUAUUUGUGUUCGCCUUCAUCGGACCAGGAAGUUAUUGAUGCUCUGUCAUUGGUGCUGCCAAAGACAGUCGCGAAGUUUGCAUGUGUGUCGGACAGAUGUUUGGAGAUUGCUGAUAGUGUAAUUGAUCGAUUUAUAGCAAUGUGUAAUCCAAGGGACAUGCUUUCAAUUCUUUGUGAGGCAUUAAGUAAGACGAUCAAGGCUUCUGCUUAUGUUGCCCCUCUCCUAAGUGGGCUCUCAAAAGUAUUUCUUUCCAUUCAGAGGCGUCACUUUGAGCAAGUAAAAGUAGCAGUUCCUGUUAUCGUUAGUGUUUUAAAGGUCAUCUCUUCAGAGCCAGAAGAUGGAGAUACAGAAAUUGAUGGUUUGUUUGAUAGAGCUGUAGGCAUUGCCAAUUCUAUACAUGAAGUUUGCACAAAGUUGGAGGGCAUUGUAAAUGAAAAACUUCGUGCUCUACUUGGUCUAUAUGUCUUGCAAAUCAUGGCUCUUGUCUCAGUCAGCAUGUUUUAUAAAAGAUCAAGCUGUCAUCAAUUGGUGUCACGAUUGUCAUGCUUCUACCCAUAUUGUAGCAUAUCAUAUUUUGGAUUAAUAACUGGGUCUGAUGUUGACAAAAUGACCAACAUUGUUACAGGAGAAGAUGAAGAUGAUUAUAUGAGCUGUUUAUCCUAUGUCAAACAUGGUGCAUCACUUUCAGUGAUUUGGGGCAAUAUUUUGGAUGGGGUUGCUCAGGCUGCUAAUGAGGACCUGACUGCUGUCAAGGAUGAACUUCGAAGUAACCAGACUGAAAGGUGGCAAGCAGUAGGCAUGUUGAAGCACAUUUACUCUUUUGUUAAUCUGCCAUGGGAGUUAAAGAAACAUGCCAUCGACUUUUUGCUUUGCAUCACUGAUGAAAACAUCUCCCAAAAAUGUGAUGAACAUAUAGACUUCUCAUCUUAUAUGCCUAGUCUUUUUGCUGCUUUACAGGCUAUUAAAAUGGUCAUCAUGUAUGCUCCAGAUACUGUGCUAAGGAAGCUCUCCUUUGAUGCAUUUAAAAGGGUACUUGCUGAUAUUCCAAUUUCUCAGAGGUUUGACAUUUUAAAAGCUUUGAUUACAAAUAGUGACUCUUCCUCCAUGAUUGCAAUUCUUAUAGAUCUUGUUAAAGGGGAAAUGUACAUGGAAAAUCGCAAAAGAAUAUCAAUGGGAAAUAAUGAAGCUCAGCAAACUGGAAAUAAAGAAUGCCCAAAUCCAUUUUUUUGGAAUGCCAGCGUCCUUGAACUGGUGGAGUUUGUUUUGAGGCCGCCGCAGGGAGGACCUCCAUCCCUUCCUGAGCAUGGUGAUGCGGUUCUAUCUGCCCUCAAUUUGUACAGAUUUGUAUUAAUAACAGAGUCAACAGGAAAAACCAACUACACUGGAGUGCUGUCCAAGGAAAAUUUACAGAAGGCAUACAAUGAGUGGCUCCUACCUCUGCGCACCCUUGUGACAGGCAUAAUGGCAGAGAAUGGGAAUGAUUGUGAUCAGCUUGCAUUUGAUGCAGUCUGUACCUUAAACCCGGUUGAGUUGGUUUUGUACAGGUGUAUUGAGCUUGUUGAAGAAAAGCUGAAAUAAUCUACAUAAAGUUGUCACUUAUGUGUAUGCUAUUAGAUGUUUCAGUCAAUAGGUAAACCACAUCUGAGCGGCAUUGUAAUCGGAUAGAAAAGGUAACGUUUCCAGGGCAACGGUUCGUUGUGUUUUAAUCUAAUUUAGAAAUUUUAGUGCCAUAUAUUUUUUUAUUUUUUUAUGUAAUGGAUAGAAUUCAGGAUAUAUUUUAUGGGUAAGAUUGGUUUCUUCCGUA